GGCUGUAGAUGGCGGUGUGAACCUGCGGGUUUUAGACGCAUCUGGUCUGGGUCCCUUGAAGUUAACCAGUGACGAAGGCCCAACGUGUUACUACGCGUAUGCAUUACUCACAGUUUCUUUUGCCGAUUAGUAAGUCUCGUAAAUGGGCAGCAUUUGAAUCGACACACGCUCCGCGUUUUGACGGCUUAUUUUACGUGUUUCCUCUACGAAGUCUGGCAACCCGGUGGCCAGAGGCCAGAGGCACUGACAGCAGCGGUUUAGCCAGCUGAUCCCAGUAAACAGCUCCUGACAGGCUGCUGUAGGUGUUUAUCACUGCCAUGCCAAAGCCUGGAUGACCCGAGGGACCGGCUGAAAACGGGAUCCAGACUUCCAGCUCCUUAUGGCUGUGUAUGAUGAGAACAUCCUGAAGAAUCCUUUCUACUUGGCGUUGGAGAAGCAGAGACCGGACCUCUGCAGCCGAGUGGCAGAGCUCCACGGCAUCGUCCUUGUUCCCUGUUUUGGAAGUUUGACCGUCGGCAACUAUUCAGACUCUCAGUUCGACAGCUAUGUCCUACAGCCGGUGGAGGACGGAUACCAGACUGUGGACGGAAAGGAGGUCAGGAUCCAGGACAGGCAGGUCCUGCUGGGAUCCGGCUUCCCGGCUCCGGUGUCGGUCUCCAUCCUGUUUGAGGAAACCUUCUACAAUGACCAGGAGCAGAGCUACAGCAUCCUGUGCAUCUCCCGGCCCGUUGAGGUGGACCCGAGCCCCGACGAGCCCGGCCCGCCGCCCCCCUACUGCCUGAAGAGCAUGGAGGACGUCAGGGAGUUCCUGGGCCGCCACGCCCAGAAGCUGGACAAGUUCAUCCAGGGCUUCUGUCAGGCCUUCAAGGAGCAGGAGAGGAAGGGACUCCGACACCACAUAGACUCGGUGAACGGUCUCUACACCAAAUGUCUUCAGUGUCUGCUGAGAGACUCUCGCCUGAAACUUCUGGCGAAGCAGGAGCUUCAGAUGACUCUUCUCAAACAGGCGGUGGAGAUGUACGUUCAUCAUGGGGUCCAUGAUUUCAUCUUUAACUUUGUUGGAACGCUUGAAGCCAGCCAGGACGCUGCCUUCAACAAAACCACCAGGAGUCUGCAGGAGCUGCAGCAGAAAGACCUGGGGGUCAAACCCGAGCUCAGCAUAAACCUGUCUCGCGCCAAGAGAGAGCUGAGUCAGCUCAACCAGCAGACCUCCCCACUCCUCAAACUGUUCUGCCUGCGCAGAGUCACGCUGACCGCCACCCAGACCCCGAGACGAACUGUCAGUAUCGAGGCGGUGAGCGCAGACGACCUGCUCUCUGUCAUCCUCUAUCUGCUGGUCAAGACGGAAAUCCCCAACUGGAUGGCCAACCUGAGCUACAUCCGGAACUUCUGCUUCAGCCACUCCAGUAAAGAUGAACUCAGCUACUGUCUGAGCACCUUCGAGGCUGCCGUGGAGUACAUCAACCUGGGGAAGCUGCGGGACACACACUCUGGCUCAGGUGAGCUGAACGACAAGGCGUUGUUCAAAGAGAGGAUGAGGUCGUUGUCUCAGAGCGCUGCCACCCCCAUCCACUGUCUGUUUGAGCACAUAGCAAAUGGAAACGAGGCUGAGGUCGAGCGCCUGCUGACUGAAGGAGAGAGCGACGAGGACGUUAGGAUGUGUCACCCCCUCUGCUCCUGUGACCUCUGUGACCUCCAGCUGUCCGGGCGGUUGAACGACCCGUCCAUCGUCACGCCGUUCUCCAGAGACGAUCGAGGUUACACUCCGCUGCACGUCGCUGCUAUCUGUGGUCAGGCCCAGCUGAUUGACCUGCUGGUGUGUAAAGGAGCGCCGGUCAACGCCACAGACUACCACGCCCUCACACCGCUGCACCUGGCCUGCCAACGGGGAUACCAGGGAGUCACGCUGCUGCUGCUGCACUACAAGGCCAACACAGACGCUCAGGACAACAACGGCAACACACCGCUGCACCUCGCCUGCAUGUACGGACACGAGGACUGUGUGAAGGCCUUGGUGUACUACGACGUCCAAAUGUGCCGCCUGGACCUGCAGAACGACAAAGGCGACUCGGCGCUGCACAUGGCGGCGCGAUGGGGCUACGAGGGAAUCAUCCAGGUGCUGCUGGAGAACGGAUCAAGCACCAACGUCCUCAACAAGAUCAAAGACUCACCGCUGCAGUGUGCGCUCAACUCCAAGAUCGUCAUGCUGUUGCAGUCGACUCAGAACGGCCGUCAGCGCAGCGGCAGCAGAGUUGAUUCUCCCAGUCGCUCCCCUCUGGCCUCAGACUGCAGCAGCCGUCGCUCCUCCGUCUCCAGCACCUCCUCUCUGGGCUCCGAGGCCAAACCAGAAGGAGAACGGGUCCGACACAGAGAGGUGGAGAAGCUGCUGCGUGCCGUGGCCGAUGGUGACGUGGAGAUGGUGCGUUACCUGUUGGAGUGGAUGGAUGAGGAAGAGGACGAUGAAGGAGAGAUUCGGUGCGAGGCCCUGCUCUGCCACCCGCUCUGUCAGUGUCCAAACUGCGCUCCCACCCAGAAGCUGUCUGUUCUGCAGGCCGGCGCUCUCGGCGUCAACAGCUGUAACGUGGACGGCUUCACGCCGCUCCACGUCGCCGCCCUGCACGGCCACUCGGCGCUGGCCGCCCUGCUGAUCCGCCACGGAGCCAACAUCAACGCCCGCACCAACCAGAGCGCCACGCCGCUUCACCUGGCCUGCCAGAACAGCCACGUCCAGGUGGUGAGGUUUCUGCUGGAGUGCAACGCCAAACUGAAUAAGAAGGAUCACUACGGCAACACGCCUCUGAUAAACGCCUGUCUCUGUGGAAACCUGGAGACAGUCACCACCCUGUUACAGAGUAAUGCGCUGGUGAACGUAGCAAACCUUCAGGGGAACACGGCUCUCCAUGAGGCGGUGCGUGGCGGGCAGCAGGCGCUGGUGGAGCUGCUGCUGAGGGUCGGAGCCUCGCCGGGCCUCAGGAACAAGAGGCAGCGGACGCCACUGGACUGCGCCUACGAACUGGGCGGCAAGAACACUGAGAUCCUGAGAGCUCUGCAGAAAGCAUCGGGACUUUCCCCCGAUGCUGAACCGAUCAAACUCCUCUCCGUGCCCAAAGGAGCUCUGGCUCAUUCGUUCGUGCAGCGUCUGAGGCUUCAGGAUCACUCCAACGGCAGGAGACAGAAAAUGGCUCAGUCCGUCAGCAGGAUUCAGCAGAUGAAGAAAGCUUCGUCCGGUCCUCCCCCCAGGUGUUCACCAACCCUGAGCCAGCCGAAUCCAGACAGGAGGAGGUUGAGGAGAGGGGAGACGGUGGAGGUCAGCAGCCCCUCGGGGAGCCUGGACGCCUGGCCCCGGCUGAGAGAGCGGCCCCUGGGUCGCUGUCACACCCUGGACUCUGGAGACAGACUGGAGUCUACACACACUCCCAACACACCUAAACACGCUCCAGAAGAGAGUGAUCAGACUGAUGACACACACAGCCCCAGUACGACUGAGGACACCCUGUCAGCGGGUGCUCAGACGUCCCGAGAUACAGACGACACACUGCCUGAAAUCAAUGAAACACGCUCCGCUGAUGUCUCCAGCUGCAGCACCGGCAGCGAGACCUCACCAUCCCCGCCAUCGAAUGUGUCGCCACAAGCUGAUAAGUCAUUUGGAGCCCCUCCCACACACACCCUCACCAACCACUCCGCUUCGCACGAGUCUCACACCAACAGCCGAAGUCUCCGGCCUGUAAACGGAACGUUAGAGGAGCCAUCCGACGACCAGACUUGGUCUCACUUCGACACCGAGUCCUCGCAGUCACAAAGCAAGGACGGAAACUGCAACCCCACCCGCCCCGCUGACCUCCACUCCCCCAUCCAGACUGAUGGAGGUGAUCAAAGAGACCCCAACCAAACACCAGAAAGGAGCGCAGAGUCGAGGCAGUGAGGCUGCAACUGAAACGGGAACCUUGUUGGGAUUCCUGCAGAGCAAUUACGCCGUGCAUGUGACCACCGAACAGGUUGAAGAAGACGUUUGGAACAGUUCAGUGUUCAAGAAAAAUCAAUGUUUGCAGAAAGGAAAAAAAGAAAACGCAUCGUCUGAGAAAAGAUGCGACGCCGAUUCUGCAACAGCUGAAGCGGUUCCUGCUGUGACUGUUCCCCCGGUUAGAAAAUACACAGUCAGGACAGGUGGAUUCAAGUAGCUGCUGGUCGGAGCUAAAAACUUGACAGAAACAAUACAGACGUGGGUCAUUAGAAGAGGUUAGAGAGUCAGUUCACUCAUGUUACAAAAAACAGAUUUUCUUACUUACCUCAGUCAUGCAGAAUGGUUUCAUUUGUCCCAGUUUUAAGAUUUCUCAGACUUCUGCCGCCAUACACACAAUGGAGAGGAAUGGAAUUUAGUUAGUUCGGUUUAAAAAAUUUAACUCCGACUUUUCUGUCCCGGAUCAGUCUCUUUCCAGAAUCAGCGCUCUAUUGAAAUACCACAAGGUGCUGUGUUGUUUCAGGUACCGGUGAGACAGUGACUCACAAAGUUCCUUUGGUAGAAAGGAGUUCCAGAAAUACUGUUCAGAGCAAGAUCUGUGGCGUAUCCAAGAGAUGCUGGCGUUGAACUUUUCAACGCUGUGAGCGCCACAAACUAAAUUCCAUUCGCCUCCGCUGUCUCAGAGACAGACUCAGUCUCAAAACCGCGGACAAAUGAACCAGAGCUACCGUAUCUGCACGGAAGGUAAAGUGAUAAAGAUAUUUUUGUAAUUUGUGUGAAUUGACCAUUUGAAGUCACAGUGAAAUGUAAGAAGUCUGCCGUCGUGUGUGUUUCCACAUCUCUAAUAGAACCCACAAAUCCCCCAAUUUCCUGCCUGUCAUUGUUGAUGUUUUUAAACUCAGCACAGUUGACAGUUCAGUCUCAGAAGGAAUUUAAAAAAAAACAAAAGAAGGAACGUUUUAGUAGCUAAUGUCCUUAUUCGUGAGUAGAUUCACAGAAACACUCCUGGCCCUCUCCUCAAACCGAACGGCCUUUUCCCUCCUGACCCGCAGCCUGUUGAUUUACAUUUGAUGGUUUCUCUUUGUUUCUUAUUUCAGAAACAUCCACGUAAAUGUGCCGGGGUGAGCGCGUCAGCUACAGGCUUGCACCCGUUGCCCCACACAACUAAACACACGCAACACAAAUGAAAAAACCCACGAGGAAAAAGCAGAGGCUUUUCCUGAUUCUCUUAAACAACGCAAACAAUCGUGAAAUGCUCUGAACGAAUUAGGCUGAACAAUAAUUUCCUGCGUUAUGUCCAGUCUCAGCGUCUGUAUGAUUUCAUUGUGACUUCAGCAGCUCAGAUGUUGUUGGUGAUAUUAACAGGUCUUCAGGAUUUCUCCCACUUAGACUCUUCCGCUCCGAAGGCGUCUCCUCUUUCUGCCCCUCCUUCCUGAGUUUGAAGCACUUUCUUCUUCUUCUAACCUUCACAAAAAGAAAAAGGGAUGCAAACUGAAGUUAUUUAGUUUCGUACUGUUUGAUGUUGCCUUGGUUUUAUUUAAGCCACUAGACCGUAGGUCUGAUCUGAGCACCAGACUUCAUUUGAAGAACAUGUGUUUUUUUUUUUUUCUGUUUUACUUGAAUACCAGAUGUUAGCUUGAUUUCAGCGUUUAAAAUGGAUUCACAGUUUGACUGGUUUGCUUUUUUCCCCCGUUUAACAUCAGACUACUCCUUUGUUGUUUUUUUUUUACAGUUUUAUUUGGAUCAUUUUAUUUAAUUUAUGACCCUUGUUGAUGGCAGUGUGUUGUGUGUUCAGAGAGGUUCGGCUUCUCCUGAAUGUUAGAUUGUGUUUUUUUUUUCCACUGACAUACUUCAAGUCAAAGGAUCAAACCUCUGGUUCUGCAUAUUUUUCAUCCAUUAAUGUCGAAUCUAAGAUUUUACAUCAUGAUUUCAGCCAUUUCAUUUUCAACCUGCAGAGACGGUCAACAUUUAGUCACCUUUACUGUUUUUUUCGGAGUUAAACUGUCGCUGCACACACACACACACACACACACACACACACAAACGUUACACAGAGCUUUAGGAAGCAGUAAAAACAGAUGGAUGAACACGUAAAAUACGGCAGCACUAUAAUAAGAGGGAUAAGAAACAACAUGAACAUGAUGACACGAAACAGAUGUGAUCAAAAGGAUGGUAAAAAAAAACCCCAGCAGCUAAUGAAUUUCCCGCCUCGGGUUUGUUACGCUCAAAGUCGCCUGAUGUGGUUCAUCCAACGACAAAAAAGACGUUUGUUGACAGGCCAGAGAGCGUUGGCGUUUUCAAAACGUCAAACCUGGAGGACAAACGUCAAGUAAACAUGGCCGUGGUGUGAGGGACGACGUGACUCGGUGGUUGCCUUUCAGCAGCCUGCCGUCGCCGCCCCAGCCAAGCGGCCCUGAACGCACCACCGGGGAGACCGUCGUAGGACGCGAAGCCGACUCCAAAGCCCCCGAGGAACCGGGCCGCACAUCUGGACCGGUUUUCUCCGUAACGUUAGACAUUCACGACGAAACAGGCAACGAGAUGUAAACAUCGGUUAAGAGUCGAGCAACGAAUGCGACCUUAGGUCAUAAUCAGUGAUAAUUCACGUUCUUACCGGUUUUAAAUGGGACCGGAUUGUGACAGUGCAGUAAUAUCGUGUCAACGUUGUACGAACGUGUCCGUUGUCAAAAUGGAGAAACUGGUAAAAAGUGACAAAGCGUGGUAAAAGUUGAGCGUCGCACGUGUGAAGAGGCUGGUAACGUAACUGUAACGCAGAACGGUCGGUGGCACUGGCCGAUGGUUCCGUCGUUGUCCGCGCGUUUUCAUGCGGUGCUGUGGACGGUCACCGGUAAGAAGUCGGUGUCGAUGCUUUCCCUCAUCCCAAACGAGAUUCAAGUCUCUGAUCUAAACGCACUGAGGUCGCUGCCCGCAGGUUUGAUCAAUCACCGGACAGAUGCCACCGGUUGGAAAUGUAACCAGCGGUGAUUGACGAGCUGGACGAGACCUGCGAAACCAGCAGGUCGGUCCCGUGACCGUAUUAAACCGUACUGAAGUAAUAAUGCGGUACCGUAGAACCGCCACCGCCAGUGUUCCCGUUCACAUUGAUGUCACGUGUCGUUGGACCGCAGACGGUUUCAGUGAGGAAGACGCUCCCUGCUUCUGGGGGGGGGGGGCGAAGCCUCUCCGGUCCUCAGUCCUUCUGUUUCUUCCCUUUUAACCAGCCUGUCUGUCUGUCCG